AUGGAGUUAUGUGAAUGCGAUUUGAAUGCAUUGAUUGACUCCAUGAAAGGGCUGACCAAAUGUGGCGACAAUGUAGAGCCCAACCAUUUCGAGUACUUCGUGUCGUUUAGUAUAUUCUAUGAGAUAGCACAGGGAGUCCAUUAUAUCCACUCAUUCAAACCCCAUCCCAUUAUGCACCGGAACCUCAAACCAUCCAAUAUUCUAAUGGACAGGAAUGGUGUAUUGAAGCUAGCAGAUUUUGGUCUGGCUAAAAUGGUAGAAGGGUCGGUGACACAUAUGAUGGAUGUCGGCGCCGAAAUUUAUAGAGCGCCCGGAGUUUCCCAAAGUUCGCCUAAUCCUCACUACACACAGUCCGCCGAUAUAUAUAGCCUGGUUUAUCCGAAGCAAAUGUAACUGGAAGGAUUCAAACUUUGCGUGAUAUUAUAAAUAAAAUGAUCACGGUUAGAUUUAAUGCUCGACCAAAUAGUGAACGACUGCUAGAAAUGCUGAGCGAAAUUGAGCCAGUUGAUAAUGAAACAGUUUUGGCCGAGUACUUGAAUUAUACUGAUGAGUUACGAAAUGAUAAACACAAAAAUCUGUACACAUACAUAUCCAUCAAAAUUGAUAAUCUAUUGCAAAAUAUUUGAUUUAAAUGAUACUAUUAUUACAAUUUAAAUUUAUUUAUUUGACUAAUAAAAACUGAGCAG